AUGUCAUUCUUCCGGCGACAACAAGCAGCGGAUGUCUUCCCUGAAGAUGAUGGCAUCGACCCGGAGCUACGUCUGCACACCGUGCGCACGGCCGCAUCAACCAUUGCCGAGUCCGUGCGCCAGGAGGACCGGCAGCAGAAGAGGAAGCUGUCGAUGAGGGGAAAGGCGUUCUUGAAAAGGCUAUCACAGAAGAGGAAGACAAGGAUGCCGGUAGUGCCUGAAGCUGAAGCUGAAGAGGGUGAGGUGAAGGCGCCGCAGAUUUCUGGGCCCCGAAGGAAGGUUUUCGUGAAUAUGGCACUACCGAGAGAUGAGGUUGAUAGUAAGGGGGAGCCCAUUGUGCGGUAUGCGAGAAAUAAAGUCCGAACGAGCAAGUACACUAUCCUCACUUUCGUUCCCAAGAAUCUCUAUGAGCAGUUUCGCCGGGUGGCGAACAUCUACUUUUUAGCACUUGUCAUUCUGCAAGUGUUCAGCAUUUUUGGUGCUACGACUCCACAGCUCGCUGCACUUCCGCUGAUCUUCAUCCUCUGCGUGACCGCCAUCAAGGAUGGGAUCGAGGAUUACCGGCGUGCGCGCCUCGACGAGGAGGUGAACACAUCGGCCUCGACAAAGCUCGGACAGUGGCGGAACAUGAACCAGCCCACGGACCCUCGCUCGUGGUUCGAGAAGAUAUUCCGCAUCAACAAGCCGGGUAAGGUCACCAAGGGCGUGCGGAGGCUGAGGGAGCGGGAGGCACAGGAGGGUAUGCAGAUCGUGUUGAGCAAGGGACUGGAAGGCGAGCUGUAUGCCGUACGCUCCUCGACGGACCCGAAUCUGUCAUUCAGCUCCCUGCCUCCAUUCGACGCGACAAAGUUCUCGGACAGCCCAGGCUCGAGCCCGAAGCCGCCAAGCCCAGAGUAUCACAGCUACCCACCCACAGCGGGCGAGGCAUCCGACGCUGCCGCCCCUGGCCAUCGCUCUCCGCUCAAGUCGUGGUCGGGUGGGUCGGGGUCGUUGGCGGCCUACGAGCAGUCUGUGCGUUCUCGGCAGUCGAUGGGUGUCGUGAACAACGGCGAGCGCGUCAUUGGGUUUGCUCGAUGGGAGCGGACGUUGUGGAAGAAGCUCGAGGUGGGCGACAUCGUUUUGUUGCGCGAGAACGAGCAGAUCCCUGCGGACAUCGUCGUUCUCUCGACGUCGGAUCCGGACAACAUGUGCUAUGUCGAGACCAAGAACUUGGACGGCGAGACGAAUCUUAAACCGAGAAAGUCGGUGCGAGCCACGUCUGGGAUCACGUCGGAGGAGGACGUCGAGCGCUCGUCCUUCGUACUCGACUCUGAGCCGCCGCACCAGAAUCUGUACCUCUACCACGGCGUACUGCGUUACCGGGACAUCGAAAACGGGAACCUCAAGCAGGAGUCGGUUAGCAUCAACGAAAUGCUGUUGCGUGGCUGUACUCUGCGGAAUACGGCUUGGGUGAUUGGCUUGGUCGUCUUCACCGGUGCCGACACGAAGAUCAUGUUGAACGGCGGUGCGACGCCUUCGAAGCGGUCAAAGAUAGAGAAGGAGACGAACUUCAAUGUCAUCGUCAACUUCGCCGUGCUGAUCAUCAUGUGCUUGAUUUGUGGUAUCGCGAAUGGGCUCUUCGACGCGAAGACUGGGACGAGCGCUGACUUUUUCGAGGUUGGCUCGGAUGCCUCGACGUCUUCUGUCGUCAACGGCAUCGUGACUUUUGUCUCGUGUUUAAUUGCAUUCCAGAACAUCGUCCCGAUCUCGUUGUACAUCUCCAUCGAAAUUGUCAAGACCAUCCAGGCAUUCUUUAUCUCGCAGGAUGUCGACAUGUACUAUAAGCCCCUCAAUGCCGCAUGCACACCGAAGACAUGGAACAUCUCCGACGACCUCGGCCAGAUCGAAUACAUUUUCUCCGACAAGACGGGCACGCUCACGCAGAAUAUCAUGGAGUUCCAGAAGUGUUCCGUCCACGGCAUUACGUAUGGCGAAGGCGUCACCGAAGCACAGCGCGGAGCUGCGAAGCGGGCAGGAAAGGAGGAUGGAUUGAACCCGGUCGAUCAGGAGCACGAGCUGCGGCUCCUCAAGGAAGAGAUGCUGAUGAAAAUGUCACGAACGUUCAAAAAUCGGUAUCUUCAGCACGAGAAGCUUACUCUGAUUUCACCGCAGCUCGCUGACGACCUCGGGAACGAAGGGUCGGAACAGCGUCAGCAUCUGAUCGCGUUCUUCCGCGCGCUUGCGAUCUGCCACAGCGUUCUCUCGGACCGUCCGGAGCCACAUGAACGGCCUUUCCAACUGGAAUACAAGGCAGAGUCGCCUGAUGAGGCUGCUCUGGUCGCUGCGGCGCGUGACGUUGGCUUUCCAUUUGUACAGAAGUCGAGGGAUGGCAUCGACAUCGAGAUCAUGGGGCAGCCGGAGAGACACACUCUUCUGCAAAUGAUCGAGUUCAACAGCACACGGAAGCGGAUGAGCGUGAUCGUUCGCGACCCGCAAGGCCGGCUCGUUUUGUAUUGCAAGGGCGCAGAUAGCGUGAUCUAUCAGCGGCUCGCGGCAGACCACGACCCUGAGCUGAAGGCGAAGACGGCGGCGGAUAUGGAGGCUUUUGCCAACGGUGGCCUCCGCACGCUGUGUAUCGCGUAUCGGUACCUUGACGAGAAGGAGUAUCUUGACUGGCAGGCUGUGUACGACGCUGCUACGAAUUCGAUCAACGAUCGUGAUGCCGCGAUAGACAAGGCGAACGAACAGAUCGAACAUUCCCUUUACAUCCUUGGUGCCACUGCUUUGGAAGACAAACUACAAGAAGGCGUGCCGGAGGCAAUCGAAACCCUACAUAAUGCUGGCAUCAAGCUCUGGAUUCUCACCGGUGAUAAGAUUCAGACCGCUGUUGAGAUCGGCGACUGCAAUCUGCUCAAGAACAAUAUGGACAUCAUGAUUCUCUCUGCAGAGACCUUUGGUGCUGCUCAGAUUCAGAUAGAAGCAGGCUUGAACAAGAUCGCGUCUGUGCUAGGCCCUCCCAAUCUUAAUAAAGAGAACCGGGGGUUUGUUGUGGGCGCACAGGCAUCAUUUGCGAUUGUUAUCGAUGGUGACACCCUGCGCUUCGCACUUUCUUCCGAGCUGAAGCGACUCUUCCUCGAUCUGGCGACUCAGUGCGAGACCGUGGUAUGCUGUCGUGUUUCUCCUGCCCAAAAAGCGCAAGUUGUGAAGCUGGUCAAAGAGGGUCGUAACGCCAUGACGCUGUCCAUCGGAGAUGGCGCUAAUGAUGUCGCGAUGAUCCAAGAGGCGAACAUUGGCUGCGGCCUGCUCGGUCUAGAGGGUUCACAGGCAGCGAUGUCUGCGGAUUAUGCGUUUGCGCAGUUCCGCUAUCUGACGAAGCUUCUGAUCGUCCACGGAAGAUGGUCAUAUCAACGAAUAGCUGAUAUGCACAGCAAUUUCUUUUACAAGAACGUUAUCUGGACAUUCGCGAUGUUUUGGUUCCAGUGUUUCAGCAGUUUUGACUCAACCUACCUCUAUGAGUAUACGUUUAUACUUCUCUACAACCUACUCUUCACAUCUCUACCGGUCAUCGUGCUCGGAGCUUUCGAUCAGGACAUCAAUGCUAAGGCUGCGCUCGCGUAUCCGCAGCUGUAUAUUCGAGGGAUACGCGGUCUCGAGUAUACUCGUCUCAAGUUCUGGCUGUACAUGCUGGACGGCCUCUACCAGUCGGUGGUCGUGUUCUUUAUUCCGUACGCGACGUGGUCGGCUGGAUUGGCUUUGUCAUGGAACGGUAAGGCCUAUCAGUCUUUGUAUGACUUCGGAACCACUGUGGCGGUCUGCGCCAUAUUUGCCGCCAACUUUUACGUCGGUUUGAACACUCGCUAUUGGACUGUCAUCACCUGGGUCAUCGUGAUUGGCUCUUGCGUCGUCAUGGUGCUUUGGGUCACGGUCUACUCGUUCUUCGAGACGUUUGAUUUCAGUGACGAAGUGAUCGUCUUGUUCGGUGAAGUGUCUUUCUGGGCAACAGUCCUCGUGGCGGUGGUCGUCGCACUGGCUCCUCGGUUUAUCGUCAAGUUCGUCAAGAGCACGUAUAGGCCUCUCGAUAGGGACAUUGUUCGUGAGAUGUGGGUGCUGGGCGACUUAAAAGAUCGUCUUGGCCUCGAGAGACGGCGGAACAAGAAGAAGCAUCGGCUCAGCAUUGAAAAGGCGCCUAUGUUCCAUCAGCCUCAUUACCGCUCCGAAUCCGAAGUGUCAGACAUACUCGGAGUUCCGGUGCAGGACGAGAGCAUCAGUACGGACAGUAUCUCCCCGCCACCGUCAGCAUCUCUUGCGGGCCGGCCGGCGACGCAUGACGCUUUCUAUGAGAGCGUCAAUCAAGCCGAGAUGUUUAAUGGUAAAGGCAACUCCCGUAACUCGGCUGAGGUACGCGUCUCGUACUAUUCUGCAAACGACAUCCCUGCUCCCUCGCCUGUGUCGCCGACUCGGGCUAACCGCGGCUUGCAUCAUCCGCAUAUGUCGUCGGUGUCAUCCGACCCUGUGUCGAGGUCGACGCCGCCGCCACCACCAGCGCGACAAGCGGGGGGGCGAAGGAGACCGGAGUCAUACGAAAUGCACGUGCGAGGACCUUCGGGUGAGUGGCAGCAUCCUGCAAACCAGAGCCAUCCUUCGCAAGUGGCCGACGAGUUCUCCCGUGUAUCUGCUGUUGACGUUCGCCCCGUCGAGGAAGACCUCACGAGGCGGCAUCGAGAGGACCUGUUGCAGCAUCACGAAGAGGUGUACGGCGAAGCUCUUUAG